GACUCACUCCAAGUACCUGUAGCUGAGUCAGAAUUGUCCCUCCCAAGAUGAAGCUGCUGCUGCUGUGUCUGGGGCUGACGCUGGUCUGUGCCCAUGAUGAAGGAAACCCUGAUAUUGUGACAAGCGACUUUGAUAUAUCAAAGAUUUCAGGGGGGUGGUAUACCAUUCUCUUGGCCUCAGAUGACAAAGAAAGGAUAGAAGAUAAUAGUGUCAUGAGGAGUUUUAUGGAAUCCAUCCAAGCCGGGGACGACAACUCUUUGACACUGAAAUUUCAUGUAAAGGUCAAUGGAGAGUGCACUGAAAUUUCUUUGUUUUGUACCCAAGCAAAUGAGAAUGGUGUAUAUAAUGUUAUCUAUGCUGGAUUUGUUACAUUUCGCAUAGUUGAGGUGGUCUAUAAUGACUAUAUUAUUUUUCAUCUCAUUAAUUUCAACAAUAAGCAAACGUUUGAGAUGCUGAUACUCUUAGCCCGAAAACCAGAUGUGAGCCCAAAACUCAAGGAAAGGUUUGAGGAACUUUGCAAAAAAUAUCAAAUUGCUGAGGAAAACAUACUGGAUGCAACCAAAGUUGAUCGCUGUCUCCAGGCCCGAGGGAGCCAUGAGGCCCAGGACUCCAGUGCUGAGUGAAUGCUUCCUGACCUGGGUUCCAGGAUCUUCAUUCCAUGGUCCCUGUGUCAGCCUGUGACAAGGUCUGCAACCUGAUCUCCAUCACUAUCAUCCAAGAAGGCCUUAUCUCUGAAUCUAAAGGAUCUUCUCUAAUUGUCUAGACAGACUCAACAAUUCACCAAGAAUCAAAGGUUUCCUCCAAAUUUCUGACUCUGUUUGCCAUACCCAGAACUCUACCAUGAAUAA